CAGCUAAUUCUGAGACGGUACCGUCUUGAUUGUUGGAAAAAUGACCCGAGGAAUUUUUUGUACGAUAGAGAAUGAACUCUGGUAGAGAGAACUCAUAAUCUUGUUCGGGACUGUGAUAAUGAUGAUGAAUGGUUGGAUGUGCUCACGUGUUUAUGUAGAGGAAGAAAAUGGAAAAAGAAGCAAGGAAAUUCAUGAUCUUCUUUGGUUGUUUGCAACUCAUGAACUCCUAAAGAAAUAAGCAGAGAAACUUAUGAACUCAUGAGAUUGUUCAGAAUUCACGAUCUUUUUAAUUUUGUUUAGAUUCAUCAGGCAAAUGUAAAAAAAAACAGUAGAAGAAGAUGAAGAAAGAAACAACAAUAAUGAGAGAGAAAACAAGUAUUUUUGUUUAAUAUAACCAAAUCUAUACUAAAUCUUUGCCAAAUAUCAGCAAAUUUAAUAAAAUAUUAUCAGCUAACCUAUUAAUUGUACUUUCCUAUAGGACACAAAUUCUAUCCGAAGCUUCUGAGGCUAAUUUCGUCAUUAUAUAUUACCUAUUAUACCAACAAAACUACAAGUUUUACUGUUUUUGGUACAUAGCUAAUAUCAUAAGUUUUCUUUGGUUUUAAGUAAAUUAUCCCUACAAUUAACCAUAUUUCAACUAAUAAAAAAAUAAAUUAGAAUAUAAAAAAUAAAGUUUGCAUUGAAAUUAUAAAAUGACACUUAUUUUGAAACAAAAAAAUUAUUUUACAACUACAACUAAACUGAACUGGAGAGAGUACAAGAUUAUUAACUAAACUGACAUCUAGAUUGAUUUUUUCGAGUAUCUAAAAAAAAAAAAAGUAUCUAAACGAAAAUUGUUUAUCCAAUUUCAUAAUACUAAAAUAUUUAUAAAAAUAAGAAUGAAUUAUUAUGGAAACUAUGGAACCACGUAUGAAUCGAGUUAGGUAUAUAACUAAAAUCAAAAAUAUAAAAAAGGGAAGAUCGUAAACAGUCGGCUCCACCAGAGACGCCGUCUCUUGCGCCGCAUCUCCGUCGCCUCUGUCACAGCAACUCCAUCGCUCUCUGUCACUACAUCGUCAUCUCUGUCGCCGUCGCAACCCUAUUAUCUGGAGUUGCGGUGCACUUCUUUCAUGAUAUAGAUUCUCUAGAACCUGAAAGUCUUCUUCUUGAUUGUGUCCAGGAGCUGAAACCAGAGUUUUCAGCUCUAGCUUCUCGACAAUGGGAUUACUUGGGCUGAUCAAGAGGGUUUCACGAAUAAGCAGAAACAAUUCGAGGGCCAGAGUGUACCCAGCGAGAUACUUCCAAAGCAGGGACCUUUCAGGCUCAAACUUCUUUCACGGUAAAGAUGCUAAGCUUCCUGUUCUGAUCGUCGGUGCUGGACCGGUAGGCCUCGUUUUAUCCAUCCUUCUCACCAAACUAGGUGUGAAAUGUGCUCUUGUUGACAAAGCCACAUGCUUUUCUAAACAUCCACAAGCUCAUUUCAUCAACAACCGGUCCAUGGAGAUCUUCCGUAAGUUGGAUGGGUUAGCUGGGGAGAUUGAAAGAUCACAGCCUCCUGUAGAUUUGUGGAGGAAGUUUAUAUACUGUACGUCCCUCUCCGGUUCAACUCUAGGCACAGUGGACCACAUGCAGCCUCAAGAUUUUGAGAAGGUUGUCAGCCCUGCUUCCGUUGCUCACUUCUCCCAGUACAAAUUGACAAGUUUACUGCUUAAGCGGUUGAAAGACCUUGGCUUUAAUUUUCAAAGUUCCAACGAGUCGGAUGGUCUUGAGCUUGACUCUGAUGUUACGGGGAAAGUUCUUAUGGGUCAUGAGUGUGUGGCGAUUGAUGCUAACAAGGAAAGUGUUACUGCAACUGUUGCUUUUCUCAAAGGAGGCAAGCGUAUGGAAAGAAACAUCCAAUGUAGUCUGCUGGUUGGUGCUGAUGGUGCUGGGAGUGCUGUAAGAAGGCUUACAAAUGUAGAAAUGCGAGGGGAAAGAGAUCUGCAGAAGCUUAUUAGUGUCCAUUUCAUGAGCAGGGAGCUCGGUGAGUACUUGAUUAAUAACAGACCAGGGAUGUUGUUUUUCAUUUUCAACACCGGAGGUAUAGGAGUUCUCGUUGCCCAUGAUCUUCUACAAGGAGAGUUUGUUUUGCAGAUUCCAUACUAUCCUCCUCAACAGAGCCUAUCUGAUUUCAGUCCGGAGAUGUGCAAGGUGCUGAUAUUCAACUUGGUGGGACAUGAGCUUUCAGACUUGGAUGUAGCUGAUAUUAAGCCAUGGGUCAUGCAUGCUGAAGUCGCCGAAAAAUUCAUGUGCUGUGAGAACAGAGUGAUACUUGCUGGUGAUGCUGCUCACAGGUUCCCACCUGCUGGAGGUUUUGGAAUGAACACUGGAAUUCAAGAUGCUCAUAAUCUUGCAUGGAAAAUAGCAGCUCUUGUUCAGGGCUCUGCAAAAUCUUCGAUCCUUAAUACUUAUGAAACAGAGCGUAGACCGAUUGCUCUGUUCAAUACUUCACUCAGCAUUCAGAACUUCAGAGCAGCUAUGUCGGUUCCUUCAGCGCUAGGUCUUGACCCAACAAUUGCAAACUCAGUUCAUAGGUUUAUAAACAAAACAGUCGGUUCCAUCCUUCCAACUGGGCUGCAAAAAGCAAUCUUGGAUAAUGUCUUUGCACUAGGUCGUGCACAGCUUUCGGAAUCUCUGUUAAAUGAGAGCAAUCCACUAGGACAUCAGAGACUUAGCAGACUACGGAGUAUAUUUGAAGGAGGAAAAAGCCUUCAACUACAGUUUCCUGCAGAGGAUCUUGGUUUCAGGUACCAAGAGGGAGCCAUUGUUCCUGAUAAUGAGUCUGGAGCUGGUGAUCCUGAAGCACCAAGUGGUCGUAGAAGAGACUAUGUUCCCUGUGCUGAACCAGGUUCAAGACUGCCCCAUAUGUAUGUGAAAGUUCUGUCAGAUUCCACAAGAGAAGUCAUUGUUUCUACACUGGAUCUUGUUUCCAUUGACAAAGUGGAGUUUCUACUUAUAAUAUCGCCUUUACAAGAGUCCUAUGAGCUAGCUCGCGCUACAUUCGAAGUCGCAAAAGAGUUUAAGGCUAAUGUAAAGGUAUGUGUAAUCUGGCCUAGUAGGAGUGAUGAUGGUGCUGUAAGGGAUAGCAAAUCAGCAUUAGCUCCAUGUGAAAAUGUUGUUGACCUUAUGGAAGUUAAAGAAGAAAGUAGUGGAGAAGCUUCUUGGUGGAGUAUUUGUAAGAUGACAGAGAGAGGAUCUAUUUUGGUACGCCCUGAUGAACACAUUGCUUGGCGUAUGAAGUCUAGUGUUCCUUUGGAACCUACUCUGCACAUGAGAGAUGUCUUCAACAUCAUACUAGGUAAACAAUGAACAAUGCCAAAUUACUCCACAGAUUAUUUGUAUUCUAUUUAUUUCCAAAUAAAACCAUUUCUGUUUUUUUUUUUUUUUUGUAAUAGUGUUUUAAUUUCUUUACAUAAAGUGUAGAAUGGUAAGGAGAACAUUCAAAAAUAAGAAUAUUUAUACUA